AUGGAGGUGUACGUCGACGACAUACUUAUUAAAUCCUUUCAAGCUACUGACCUCUGCGCAGACAUCAAAGAAACCUGCCAAACACUCCGAUCGUACGAGAUCAAGCUGAACCCGGGCAAGUGCCUGUUCAGCGCGAAGAGCGGGAAAUUUUUGGGCUAUAUAGUUAACGAGCGGGCCAAGCCAGUCGUCGGAGAGCCCCUCAGGAUCUAUCUGUCUUCGACCGAGCAUGCGAUCGGCUCAGCCCUUGUAAGGUCUAACGGCGAGGAGCAGCCGGUGUAUUUCUUGAGCCAUAUUCUAAAAGAUGUCGAAUCCCGCUAUAUCUGUCUCAAGAAACUUGCCUUCGCAUUGGUGCUCGCCGCUCAGAGACUCCUCCCGUAUUUCCUGGCGCAUACGACCAUUGUCAUGACUAACAGCCCGUUGGGAAGAGUGCUUCUCAAUCCGGAGGCGUUUGGGAGACUGAUAAAAUGGACCACGGAACUCAACGAAUUCGAUAUUCAGUAUCAGCCACGAACGACUAUCAGAGCGCAGUCUUUGGCAGACUUUGUCACCGAAGUACAGAAUCCCGAGCCUGAGGCCACUUGGAAGGUAUUCGUGGAUGGGUCGUCUACUCGGCAAGGAAGCGGAAUGGAUAUACUGCUAAUCUCCCCCCCAGGAAGAGCGGAUGCGUCUGUCCGUUCAGUUAGAUUAUCGGCGACCAACAAUGAAGCAGAGUACGAGACAUUAAUAGUUGGUAUACAAGCAGCUUGGCUCUACGCUGAUGCUUUCGAAAAACUGAAGGCCAGCUUCCACAAAGUCAUUAUACGCAAAAUCCCCCACUCGGAAAAUCUGGCAGUGGACGAGCUGGCCAAGCUAGCAAGCUCAAUAACGCCUAUUGUCAUCCAGCAACCGAUCGAGCAGAUAUCCUUAGUGGUGUAUAUCGAUCAGAUGGAAGGGCUCACAUUCCCAGAUGAUUGGAGGACGGUGUUAAUCGAAUUCUUGCGAACAGGAUUUGUGCCGACCGAUCGUGAAGGAGCACACACACUUAGGAGAAGGGCGGGGAGAUUUACGCUGAUCGGGGAUCAGUUGUACAAGAAAGCCUUCUCCCGACCUCUACUCAAGUGCGUUAGCCCGGAAGAUGUUGAUUACAUUCUGAAGGAAGAAGAUGCCACUCGGAUAGUGGCAACCUGCCUAUCCUGCCAGAGGUACCAUAACUCUUCUCACCGGCCUACGGAAGAGAUGAAGUCGUCCGUGGUGUCCUGCCCGUUCGACCAGUGGGGAAUGGACAUCGUAGGAUCGUUCCCAAUGGCGAUCGGACAACGGAAAUUCCUACUUGUGGCAAUCGACUACUUCUCCAAGUGGGUCGAGGCCGAGCCGCUGGCAAGGAUAACCGAGUAG